AUGGACGAGCACGUCAGUUACGGAUCUCCAGCCAAUGGAGCUUCUCCGGGCAGUAAUCCCAUCCUUGCGCAGCCGCCACUCCAGGCGGAUUCAUCAGGUGCGAAUGAGCAUUUUGAAGAUGUGCAGAUGUCCGAGGUCCUCUCUACUGAGCCGGCGAUCAAGCAAGAUAGCGCCACGCCUGCACCGGCCGGUACUUCGGACAACCCUCUCGAUGCGCCGCCUGCACCACCUGCCGAGUCCACGUUAGCGAAAGAGGACGAGGAAAUGGGCGACGCGCAGGCGGGGCCCAAGGAUGGACAGGCGCUGGAGAAGGAGGGCGAGGAGGGCGCUCCAGGUGCUGAGGGCGGCGUUCAAGAAGUGAAGUCCAAAGAGAGCAUCGAGAAUGCUGCGCGCGAACAUCUCAUCUCUCAGACACAUGCCAUCGUGCUUCCCAGCUACAGUACCUGGUUCGACAUGAACAAUAUCCACAGCAUCGAGCGUAAGGCGCUUCCAGAGUUUUUCAACAGCCGCAACCGAAGCAAGACACCGCAUGUCUACAAGGACUACCGCGAUUUCAUGAUCAACACCUACCGAUUGAACCCCGUCGAGUAUCUGACCGUCACUGCGUGCAGAAGAAACCUGGCGGGUGAUGUGUGCGCCAUCAUGCGCGUCCAUGCUUUCCUCGAGCAGUGGGGGUUGAUCAACUACCAAGUUGAUGCAGACCAGCGUCCAUCCCAAGUCGGCCCACCGUUUACCGGGCAUUUCCAAAUCAUCUGCGAUACCCCUCGCGGAAUCCAGCCGUGGCAGCCAUCAGCAGACCCAAUCGUCACUGAAGGCAAGAAGAGCCAAGAGACAGAUCAGAAGGCCAAUGCAGGACCUAGUGCUGCUGGCGACCGAAACCUAGAGAUUGGCCGCAACUUUUACGAUGCAAACGCGAAAGGAUCGAAGCUUACGAAGACCGAGAGCAAGACGAAUGGCGAGCCUGCAGCCACGAACGGUACUGGAAGCGCUUCCCCGGGUGCAGAUGACGACCUGAAAGGCCCUAUUAAGAAGGUCAACUGCCAGAACUGCGGAGUUGAUUGCACUCGUGCCUACUAUCAUCUGCCAGAAGCGAACUCCGCAAACAAGGCGAAAUACGAUGUGUGCCCUAGCUGUUACCUGGAAGGCCGGAUACCCAGCAACCAGACCAGCAACCAGUUCCUCAAGAUGGAGAACAAGGCCUACUCGACAAUCCUCGAUCGCGAUGCUCCGUGGACGGAUGCCGAGCUCCUUCGACUUCUCGAGGCCUUGGAAAGAUACGAUGAUGACUGGGCGGAGAUUGCUGAGCACGUAGGUACGCGUACACGGGAAGAAUGCGUCCUGCAGUUCCUGCAAUUGGACAUCGAGGACAAAUAUAUCGAAACCGAAGCUCCCAUCCAUGCCCCUGCCGGUCUCCCAAUGCUAGGGAAGGACGCUGGCUUUCUCCCUUUCAGCCAAGCUGACAAUCCUGUCAUGUCUGUCAUCGGUUUCCUCGCUAGUCUAGCAGAUCCUAAGUCGACAGCUGCUGCGGCUCAGAAGUCUGUUGCGGAGCUUCAACAAGGCCUGCGGAAAAGGAUCGAGGGUGGUGACGUAUCGGAGGUGAACGGCAAAGGCAAGGAGAAAGAAGGCGAUUCAAUGGAGAUCGAUAUCCGUCAUGAGACUACCACUACAACGACCUCGACAACUACUACUUUGGCAUCUGUACCGUUAGCUACCAUGGGCGCCCGCGCUGGCGGCCUAGCCUCUCACGAAGAGCGGGAAAUGUCUCGCCUCCUGUCUGCUGCAGUCAACAUUACUCUGCAGAAGAUGGAAUUGAAGUUGAAUUACUUUGACGAAAUGGAAGGUAUCCUACAAGCAGAGCGGCGCGAACUUGAGAGAGGCCGACAGCAGCUGUUCCUGGACCGCCUUGCCUUCAAGAAGCGGGUCCGAGAAACAACGGAUGGGUUAAAGACGGCGAAUGCCAACGGUGGUGACCUCAGAAUGGCAAUGGGUGUGGGUGCAAACGGACUGACUUUCACGUCGGCGCCGGCCGUGGGCUCUGUGCAGCCUCUCAGUAGUGAUGGCAACGUCAAGAGCUACGAGGCCUAG